CACCGUCCCAAAAAAAAAAAACGCGCGACAGGCGCUAUUUCGGAUAUCGAUUUUCUUUUCCUCCGUUUAAUCCUCUAAAGCACCUGAUCCAGCAUGGUCCCUGCCAGUCCAAUGCUUCACCUAGGCAACGACUUUAGUUUGCUUUACACAUAGGUAAACGGGGGUGCAUUGUCUGUUCCAAGGACGCGAAAAUGUGUAGGUUUUCAUUAAUGUGAAUAUCAGAGUGAAAAAAUCGAUCCUGCAUUCCAAAGUGUCACGAAUAGUUCCGGCAUAAUGAGCAAAUCUCCGUCGUCUGAAACAACCAGCGAGACGCUGAGUAUCAGCGAUGAAUCAAUCGCAACCUCGGUGUCCAACUCGAUCAGAUCGAAUACAUCGUCGAAGCAUCCGAAGAAACCAGUUCAGAAGGAAGAACCCAAGGAGCGUCCACCAUGGCGAGCCGCCAGUGUUAGCUUGGUUCCCAAAACAGAUCUUCGAGCUAGAAUUCUAGAUGUUUCCAAACGGCUACGGCGGGUAAAUGCAUCUGUUCAAACGGAUCCCAUCCGUACUAAGCUGAUGAAGGAGGCAUCAACCGACGAACAGGAAGAUCUCAUUCCGAUGGUGGACGAAGAAAUUCUCACCGAUGGAAACUUGGCCAUUCAGCAAGUUGGAAACUUUAUCCUUUCACAUUCGGUGGCACAAAUGACAGACGUGGUACCGAUGUCGAAUGUGGCAACUCAAACGGCAAUGCCUCGCAGUGGCGUCUCAUUCCGAAGAUUUCUCGAAGCUGGCGAAGGUGACGGAAUUGUUCCGAAACUGGUUCCAGAAGAAGAUGAAGAUAUUAAAAAAUCUUCAAGCUUCGAAGAGUUGCAGAAGAUAGACGCGAAAAUCAAACAGUUCUUCAAUAGCCCUGAGUUGGAUGCAGCGGAGCUGCCAGAGGACAAUGAAUCAACUCACAGCAGUGACAGCAUCAAAGAUCAAAACACUCCGGAUCUGCUGACAGGCUCCUCCAAAGAUGCAGUACCUAAUCGGUCAAAAUUUCUUGAACCACCGACUUUUAGCUCCUGGCAAAAUUUAGAUUUUUCCGAUGAAGAAUCAGAACAGUACGUAGCUCGGGAGCUUCCCCGUCGGACGCUGGGUGAAGGCAACCAACCGUGGGCGGAAUUCAAGGAUCUGGUAAUUGGUUCACGGUUAGCGAAUAUGCGACUAUCCCCGGUACAGCCUAGAAAGCCCCGCCCGGACAAGAAAACCGUAACUUGGAGUGACACCCAGCACCGUGCCGUAUCGAAUCUGCUUCACGAGGCCACCGCACUGGUGGACAUGUUCGAUCAGGUUUCCAUGUUGCUGGGACCGGAUAUAAAACUUAACGCAAUCCAACCACAGGAAGAGGAGUUUAAGCUGCCUCCGCCCAAAUGGGAACCACUGCUGAUCAAAUCGUGUCACGCGCUGCAGGACAAGUUGGAACAGGUUCGUCAUUUAACCUGCGACGAUGUGGAUGAACAGUUACUGCUAGCUCCAUCAGCGAUGCAGUCGAACGUUGACAUCGAGGCGAGCUUGUGAGAUGGUUUGUGAAAAAUCAAAGCAUGCUUUGUAUUUCGAAAUUUAUUUAUUGGCAAACUUAACAGCUUUGUUGCAAUCUUACAAGUGUAUGUGGUUGUGCUUGUAUUUUUUUACAAUAAACUUUGACACAUAGUAAUAA